AUGCUGAACCACGAGGUCCCACAUUCGGCGUCUGAGGUGCCGAAUCAGGCACCUGAGGCGCAGCAUUCGGCGCCCGAGGCGCAGCAUUCGGCGCCUGAGGUCCCACAUUCGGCGGCUGAGGUGCCGAAUCAGGCGCCUGAGGCGCAGCAUUCGGCGCCCGAGGCGCAGCAUUCGGCGCCUGAGGUCCCACAUUCGGCGGCUGAGGUGCCGAAUCAGGCGCCUGAGGCGCAGCAUUCGGCGCCUGAGGCGCAGCAUUCGGCGCCUGAGGUCCCACAUUCGGCGGCUGAGGUGCCGAAUCAGGCUCCUGAGCCGCAGCAUUCGGCGCCUGAGGCGCAGCAUUCCGCGCCUGAGGUCCCACAUUCGGCGGCUGAGGUGCAGAAUCAGGCGCCUGAGGCGCAGCAUUCGGCGACUGAGGCGCAGCAUUCGGCGCCUGAGGUCCCACAUUCGGCGGCUGAGGUGCAGAAUCAGGCGCCUGAGGCGCAGCAUUCGGCGACUGAGGCGCAGCAUUCGGCGCCUGAGGUCCCACAUUCGGCGGCUGAGGUGCAGAAUCAGGCGCCUGAGGCGCAGCAUUCGGCGCCUGAGGUGCAGCAUUCGGCGCCUGAGGCGCCGAAUCGGGCGCCUGAGGCGCCGAAUCGUGCACCUUGCUGCCGCUGCCUCCGCUGGCUGCUGCGGGCUGCUGGAUGCUGA